AUGGCAAAUGAUUGGAAGUUCCGUUCUCGCAUGCCCACCACCUCUAUCGCAGAAAUACAAAUUCCUCCCGGUCCACUCCAACGCAUUAGCAAGCGUAAGCGUGUCACCCGAAUGAUAACCAGGGAUGGAUGCAAAGAAUCUAGCAUUAUCAACGAGCUGCGAAAGAAAUAUGAAAUCGACCUCGAGCAUCCCCCUUUUUAUCCUCCUAAGAUCACUUUGCCUCAACCACCUAUCCCUCGCCCAGAAUCUGAUAAACUGAAUAGCAAAAUAAGAAGUGAGAUGGAAAGAAGACAGUUCGCUCCAUUGACUCCUGAUUGGAUUUGGAGGGUCUUGACAGAAAUGUACAGAGUGGAUGAGGAAAAAUGGGGGAAAUGGGCAGUUGAUUUGGAUGGUAUGAAAUUGCCGAAAGCCGAUUGGAGGUAUCUAUUAAAGGCUCUCGAUCUUGGAUUCAGAGGAAACGGGGAGAUGGAAGAUCACGAGCUUGGCCAUGUAACAAACACUAUUGCCGAUUUAUAUGUUUACAUGGCUUGCGACUAUAGGAACAGAGCAAUAGCAAGAACACUCAAAAGCGGCGACCUAGCUGGUGAUACACCAACCAAACAAAAAGUCAGCUGUAUAAUCAUUGAUUCUGACAAGUUGUAUUGGGAUAGAGACAAAGGUCAGAUAAUCAAGGAUGGAGAGGAUGAAAACGGAAAUGAUAUUCGUCGGGUUAUAGAGCAAGACUUUCCCAAAGCUUGGGAAAAGACCAUGGAGGCAUUGGCACAAUACGAUGACGAAACUUUUGCGAAUCUUGACUAUAUUGUGAUUCCACACGAAUAUGGCGCCUUCCAUACACAAUGCAUUGGAAUAGCACCAAAGCAAAGAUUUGUCUUCCAUAUCGACCACUCCGGUCUGUCGCAAGCCAAAUUUGAAAGUUCAUUAGAAAAUACGUACGGAGCUUACUAUCAUUCAUUUUUUCAAAUGUCUUUACUUGAAGCUAUCAUAUACACAAGAUUCGAUAAAGGAGAGAUCGACACCAACGAGUGGCCAUUGUACGGGCAAUGGUCCUACCGCACGGAUCAUGCAGAUCCAGACAACAGAACGACAGACAAUAGUCCCAACGCAAGUCGACAAAAUGAUACCUACAACUGCGCUGUGAACACCAUGGCCAGUGCAGUGAAUUUGAUAUUUGGAUAUGAUAUGGCUUGUUAUGUGUCUGGAAUGGAUCUCUCCCCCGUCCCUGGAGUAACAGGAAAGAGAAUAAGAGUCGCAGCGGAAUUCUUAAAUGGGGGAUUCAACUACCCGUUCAAUUAUCCACUGUUCAAGAUCCCAACAGAGUUACAAGAGAUCAUUAUCGAUGAAACUUAUAAGCAAAAUCUUCGACCCCUUCCGAACAGAGUAGGAGGUAUCUGGGACGAAUGGGAUGAUGAGGACCUAGAGGAUCCAGUGGAUCCAGAAACAGAGGAGGAAGAAGAAGAAGAAGAAGGAGAAGAAGAAGAAGAAGAAGGAGAAGAGGAGAAAAUACCCCAAGCACAAGCUCGAACAAAAGUCAAGAAAUCCACUAGGUACAAAAAGGUCAAGUGGCAUGGCCAACCCGCUUUGGAUUGGGAUCCUAUAGAGCCACAUCCGACAGGACCAGGAUCUGCAGACGACGAUUUACCAAUACGAACUCUUUGGCCUGCUCAAAUGGAUCCUACUAGAACGGGAAAAUGUGGCAUUAUAUACCCGAUCACAAAGCCGCGCUUCUCGGAUCCAAGGUAUGAUGAUGCGUUUGAAUGUAAGAGGGCAGCCAUAUUCCAUGGAAUGGAGGGCUGGGAAUUGUGGGAGCGAAUGCCAUUAUAUAUGUUCAAGCGCUGGAUGGAGAAUGUAAUGGCAGGCAGAGCACAUGAAGAAUUGUCUCCAUGGGUGAAAGUGCUCAAGCUUGAUGGACCCGUUUUCUCCAAGACACAAUAUUGA